UUGUUUAAACUUGCAGAUUUUGGUUUAGUACAUUGUGAUCCCAUCUCAUUUGCUGGAACACGCGGAUUUAUGGCGCCCGAAUUUGUCAAUAAGAAUCUUGGUCCAAUAACCGAAAAGUCGGAUGUCUAUUCGUUAGGCGUUACUAUGAUGUGUAUGAUACAAGUACUUCCUUCAGCGGUACAAGAAGAUGAAAAAAUGAAAAAAUGGAUCAAUAUUUUCAUCAAAUGCACUGAAGAAAAUCCAGACGAUAGACCGUCCUGUCAACAAAUACUGACAUAUAUCGGAGGAUUAUGA